AUGAACGAAGAUGUUCACUCUGUCUCUGGGACUGAUACUCUGGCUGGGGAUACUGAAGUGUUCAAAAGCACGGGAAACAUGCAAAAUUCACAGGAUAAUAUCGAAGAAAAUGAUCUAUCCACUACAAUCACGAGUCUUGAUCACCCAAUCACUACAACAAAGACGUGUAGCCCUCCGAUCGAGCCCGAUGGCCUUAGCUGGCCUCGUCGUGAAAUAUCGCAAAGCUUGCAGUUAGCACCAGCAGAAGGUGAUAACAGGCUACAGAAGCUCGCGGAGGCUGUGCGCAUCAUAAUUGAGUGUAUUGGCGAAGACCUAACACGAGAGGGGUUACGAGAGACUCCCGAACGGUAUGCCCGGGCCAUGCUUUAUUUCACAAGUGGAUACAAGCAAAAUGUGUACGAUCUUAUCAAUGAGGCUGUUUUCAGUGAAGAUCAUGACGAGUUGGUAGUUGUGAAAGACAUAGAUGUCUUCUCUCUUUGUGAGCACCACAUGGUUCCCUUCUUUGGAAAGAUACACGUUGGUUACAUUCCUGACUGCCGCGUGCUUGGACUUUCCAAGAUAGCACGGCUGGCCGAGAUGUUUUCUCGCAGGCUUCAAGUUCAAGAGCGGUUAACGAAACAGCUUGCUCUAGCUAUAUCUAAUGCCAUUAAGCCUCAGGGAGUGGGUGUCAUCAUGGAGUCAUCUCAUCUUUGCAUGGAGAUGCGCGGUGUACAAAAGGUCGCUAGCAAAACUUUAACUAGCUGCAUGCUGGGGUGUAUGCGCUCGAAUAAAGAUUCUAGGGAGGAGUUUCUAGCGUUCUUGCGCAGAAAAUAG